AUGCGCUGGGCAGAUUACAUCUACUAUCUCAGUUGCCUCUUUAUAGAAGCUGUCGCCGUCACAGAGCUACACACGUCGACGGUUCACCUCCUAGAGGGCCUGGUGACGGAAAGCCUCGCCUUCGAAGAUCUGUCUCGCUUCCUGCUGUCAGAAGAGCUGCGCCUCAAGAAGCACAUUGCCGAGUUCGAAGCUGCAACCUCUGUGCCGCCGUGGCAUGACGACCCAUUGACAAAAUUCUUCUUCGCCAGCCGGCUUGGCGGCUACCAAGAGAAGCUCACCAAGGCCGCCGUCGGUGGUGGAUACGACGAGAUACUACGUACCCUUCUCGAUUCCGAGACCUUCUGGACGUGGUGGCCGAUGGGAAGCGACCUGAUAGGAGCGUCCGAGGGCCUCUGCAAGCUGCAACAGGUCUACGACGUUCCCGUUCAGCAGAUGAUAUCGAUGCGCUCCGACCUGCUGCCGCCGCCUACACCCGAUGACUUCAAGGAUGUGGCCAGAGGCUGUUUCGUGGAAGGACCGUUUGGAAACACCAGCACCUGGUCGAUUGCCGCUCUCCGAAGAAUGAGGCAGUGGACGAAUGUACUACCUCCGCACAGACGGAAGUUUCGAAUGGGAAUCGAGUCCCUGCUCGCGAACGACAUCCGUCGACUAGCCCUACGACCAAGCGAAAACAUAACUACCUAUCCCCUACCACCCAGCAACGACAUGUUGCAGCACAAGUCAAUCUGCGUGCGGUCCGGUGACGUGUGGCCGCUGCAGAGCGACCUAGUCUGCGAGUACUCCGUCAAUGGCGGCCAUCCUUAUCUCCUGCUGCAGCCACUCAAAGUCGAGUUUCUCUCGUACGACCCCCGAAUCGCCGUCAUACACGACGUCCUGAGGCCGUCAGAGUGCGAAAUCAUCCGGAAUAUGGGCGCGAAGAACCUCGCUCGCGGCACUAUUUACAGCGAGGAGGACCCUUCCGGCGUUCACAGCCCGCUUCGCGUUAGCAAGGUCUCUUGGCUAAGCGACGACGAGCAUCCGCUCCUCGCCAAGCUCGCUACGCGCAUUGGUGCGGCCACGAGACUCUCGCUGGAAUCGGCCGAGUUGUACCAAGUCGCAAACUACGGCCUGGGCGGCCACUACACGCCUCACCCGGACGCCAAAAGUUUGGAUGACCGCGCGGACGACGCGUUAGUUGAGGAGAUCGACGGCAACCGACUGGCCACUGUGCUUCUCUUCCUGUCGGACGUCCCCGCAGGGGGCGCCACGGCGUUUGUGGAUCCACCAAUGGCAGUAAAGCCCCGAGUGGGCGACGCACUCUUCUGGUUCAACCUGAGGCCGUACGUGGGGGAUGGAUGGCCGCAGUACUUCGAUUUCUGGCACGAAAAGAGGAUACUGGACGAGCGCACGUGGCACACUGGUUGUCCAGUGCUGCGCGGCUCCAAGUGGAUCGCCACCAAGUGGAUCCACGAGAGGGGCAACGUCCGUGUCGAUUACGACGUGCCCUCAUGA